AAUCCACCCGGGAUAAGAGUUAUAAUUGUCACCAAACGUCUGAACUUCCCCGAACCUUAAAGACACGUACUUAUAGAAGACAGCCAACAACAUUCGAAGAAGAAGAGGAGGAGCGGGAAGCCCCGAAGAGAAACAAUGGCGAGCAAGCUGCCGCUCACGGUACAAGGCGGGGCGGCAGCGUGGGGGACGAUAAGAGGGAGCUUCCACUCCCUAAUGGCCCUCCUGAUUGCUGCCCUCAUGCUGGCCAUUAUAUACCUCGCGAGGGAUGCAGAACCGCCACCCUCUGAGGAGGAGGCGAGGGUGGCAGCAGAGGAGGUGGGUAGGGUCAACAGCGUGGGAAGGGCGGGCCGGAAGGGGGAGUGCGAUCUCUUCUCCGGCAGGUGGGUGUAUGACAACGUGUCGUAUCCGCUGUACAAGGAGAAGGAGUGCAAGUUCAUGUCCGAUCAGUUGGCGUGUGAGAAGUACGGGAGGAAGGACCUUAGCUAUCAGCACUGGAGGUGGCAGCCCCAUGAUUGUGACCUCCCUAGGUUCAAUGCCACAGCGCUGCUGGAAAGUUUGAGGAAUAAGAGGAUGGUGUUCGUUGGGGACUCUUUGAAUAGAGGCCAAUGGGUUUCAAUGGUCUGCUUGGUCGAAUCGGCCGUUCCUACUGAUUCCCUCAAGACCAUGUCCUUCCACCACAACAACUCCCUCAUCGUGUUCAAGGCCAAGGAAUACAACGCGACCAUUGAGUACUACUGGGCGCCGCUGCUGGUGGAAUCGAACUCCGACGAUCCCGUGAACCACCGCGUGCCCGAUCGCAUAGUUCGGGUGCAGGCAAUUGAGGAGCAUGCCCGGCAUUGGUCUGAUGCAGACAUCCUCGUGUUCGACACUUACCUCUGGUGGAGAAGGUCCAAAAUGAGAGUCCUGUGGGGUUCAUUCGAAAGUCCAGACGGGAUUUACAGGGACGUGAAGAUGCCCCGAGCCUAUGAAAUGGCUCUGAAUACGUGGUCCCAGUGGUUGGAAAUUCAUGUGAAUCGAUCAAAGACCGAAUUGUUCUUUGUUAGCAUGUCUCCAACACACGAGAGGGCAGAGGAGUGGGGAGGGGUUGCAGGGCAAAACUGCUACCAAGAAACACAGCCGAUCACCAGGGAGGAUUACUGGGGAGCCGGGUCCGAUCUGGCGAUGAUGAAGGUGGUGGAGACGGUCAUUGACGAUCUAAGAUCACGGGGCGUGGCGGUGCAGAUCCUGAACAUCACUCAGCUAUCGGAGUACCGGAAAGAGGCACACCCAUCAAUCCACCGUAAGCAGUGGGAGCCGCUGAAGGAGGAGAAACUGGCGAACCCAUUGAGCUACGCCGACUGCUACCACUGGUGCCUUCCGGGCGUGCCGGACGUGUGGAAUGAGCUGCUCUACGCUCACAUCUUCAAGAAUUGGGUGCCCAAGUUAGAGAGCAGAGUUGAGGAAUGACGAACUCUGUCUCAGUGCCCAGAAUCGGUUUGUGAUGAGAAAGUUUUGGGGAUUCCUAAUUGUAACUAUCAAGUUUGUGUCUGAUCUGAAAAAAAAAAAAAAGUGUAUAAAGCUGGCCGUGCUUACAUAGUGAUUGAAUGUUCAAAUUGUACAAGAAAGACUGAUUUUUUUUUUCCCCGUGUAUUCGUUCAUUUCUUAGAAA